CACAAAAAGUUGUAACAACUCUUGAUUGCCUUGUGGCAAUAGUGAGACUUCAGUUGUGUUUUUUUCCCUUCUUGGUGAGUAUGUAAUAUGAAACUUUACAUCUCCAGGAUACUAACAACAAAAAGAAAGAGUGCCAGCACGCAUGUACGCACGCACACGCAGGCAGGCAGAGAAAGCAGCUGGCUGUCAGUAACAAGGAUAAGAGAAACAGAGGAGGGAGAUAUGCGUUGAGAAUCAAAAAUGCAACGGGAGCUGACAUGAAAGGGCAGUGACACAAAAAUACAAAGGACAGAGAAAACAAAGUUCUUCAACGCCACUGGAGAAAAGCUCUUCUCAAACAGAACCACAGAGGAAGACUGAUCUGUUCAACUUACAGUUCAACGAAGCAGUUGAAGAUCAACGGAGUAAAUGAAGAUAGCCAAGGGCUAGCAGGUCGUGAGGGAGAUGCUGUUGUCAUUCUUUCCUGGUAUCUGGAGGCAAUCAAGGUCCGGAUGGGAGUGAGCACACUGAAGCUGAAUCCAAUGCUGCAAGCUGUGGACUGAGAACAGCAGAAUGUCCUUCAAAGAAUUUCAGAACGAGCUCAGUGCUAUUGGUUACAAAUUAUGGCUUAAGCUCCAGAGACUACACAAAGCUGACCCGCUGGAGAUUGUCUGUUUUUUUAUUAUUAUCUUAUUCAUUGUUACGAUGCUUUCAAUGAUGAUUGUAGCUUGCAGCUUUUGCUGCAGCUGCUUCUAUGAUGGAAAACCAAAAGAGAAGGCCAAAAGGAUUGAGGUUCAACCUGCAGAUGAUUUAUAAAACUGAAUUUAAAAAAGAAUACAGAAGUUGGGGGAAGACUUGGAACGACUCCAACAUGGCAUACCAAUCCAUGGAACAUAAUGGUAAAUGAGGAGAUAAAGUAAGAGACAGACAGAGAGAGAGAGAAGAAAAAAGAGAUUGAACCUGAACAUAGGACUCUAUUUUAUGACAUGGCUUUUGACAUGUUGAAAAUGCACCGUUUGCAGUAGUUUUCUCUCCUCAACCUAUCAAGACAAUACAAUUUUUAAAAUUCCAAGUGUAAAAUCUGGUCAAACAUGCAGAAGAAAGUUACACCAGAUUUCAUUUCCACAUUACAGCUGGGGAAGCCCCAGAGAGAUCAAGAUAUGUGCAAGCAUUCAGCAGAAUGAAGUCUAAAUAAGCAUGGUUUCCCCUCUGCUCAACCAUUUAAAGCUAAGUUAACCAGAGACAUGAUAGCUAAGCAAGUCAGGCAUUCAGAAAAUGAUGCAGGCUUGAAGAUGACAAACAAGUUCAGAGACAGCAAAGAAAAGCAGCAACAAAUUCUCUAGUCUUCCUUCCCUCCUUAAUAAAAGAAUAAACAACUGUCAAAGGAAGUACAUAUGCUGUAGCUGCUGUAUACCCAAGGAAAGCUGAAGGGAUAUGAUAAUGCUCACAAUGCUGUAUUGUUUCCUGCCUUUAAAAAUUACUGCCUUUUUUUUU